AUGACACUAGCAUCAAAUAUUAAUACAAACUACAGUAAUAACAAUAAUACCCGCAAUAUUAUUGACAAAUAUUUCUACUAUGAAGAUAUAGUAUUAAAAUAUUUGGAUACAGUUCCAUAUAUAAAUAAUUAUACCUACCACAAAGUUAGUGGCAGAAUCACAUUAUUUCUACUAACUAUGGGGAUAUUAGCCAUAAUUAAUGAAAUAUGCAUAAGUUUAGAUAUGUAUAUAUUAAGUAAGAACACUUAUAAUGAGAUAAAUAGUAGUGAUUUACAAUCUUUGAAGAAGCAUAAAUUGUUGUUGGAAAAACAUUUUAAAAACGAUGGUACCGGGCACUCUUUCAUUAGUAAUGAUAAUGAAGAAACUUUGCAAGACUUUUUUUCUAAACCUGUCCCGGUAGCUCACCUAACUGUUACAUGUGCUGUUAUAAAUUCUAAGGAUGGUUAUAAGCCAAUAUUGAAAACCCCGUUGGUUUACCAAUUUGAAUUUACUACCAAUGAGUUAUAUACAUACGAUAAUAACAACAAUGCUUCUAUUAAUGACGGAUUAGAGUAUGGAUGCAAGUUGGUGGAAUUAAGAAGGAAAUUAUAUCAUUUUUUCAAAGAUAGUAGUAUCUAUGAAGAGCUGAGUAAAAAUACUAACAUAAAUUUUACUAUUAGUAAAAAUAUUUUUAUUUAUAACAAUAAGGAUGAACUAUUAGAUAGCUCCUUUGACGAUUACCCGCUGUGUUUUUUAAAAUUAGAAACUGGGAAUGUGAUAAAAUGCGAAUUUCUAAUUUAA